CGGCAAAAAUGGCGACCUUCUUAGGACGUUAGAGAACAGUUUUAGGUGACAGCUAAAUUAGAUACAUUUGUUCGAUUUGUCGUGUGUAUAUUUUUCUUUUUGUUGUGCCACAGGACUUAUGUUAGUUGUUAAUGUAUUGCAGUUAAAAAAAUAAUGGCAAUGCAGAGUGGAUUUGUGAUUCAGGACAAGGUGGCCAGGUUGUUGAGUAAGCAGCAUGGAAAGCCUGUCCUCAAACCCAACAAGUCUCUGGCCCUUAAAGACGAAGUCGCCAACCGCAAGCCGAAAAAAGGAGAGGCUUCCUGUGUGACAGAGAUGGCGUUAGUGAUGGCUUGCUGGAAGCAGAAUGACUUCAACACCAAACUCUGCUCUAACGAGCUCACAGUGUUCUACAGAUGCAUAGAGAAAGCACAGGCAGAAGCACGUGAAAGAACAAAGCCACAGACCCUUUCCCAAGGAGGACGGCUUUUACCCAAACAGGCCACCAAGCUAUUGAAGCGGUACCCCAAUUUGUGAGAGACUGACAUUUUGUUAGAAUCUGACAUGGGGAUGAAUCAGCAAACGGGACUGAUAGAGAGACGUUCAGUGCAGUGGUUUUGGGUGUGGCCUUUAGAACAUGCACAGCUCAUUUGCCACUUCAAAGCCAUUGGAUUUGUAUUUAAUCACUUCGUCAUUGGCUGCAACUCUGCCAAAGUGAAGGAGCUGCUUUUCCAGGAUUGUGGCUGCAUUCUAAUUAUUUAAUUGAGUAGAUCGCUCUAAAUCACCCUGUGAAAGCAGGAAUAAGGCAAAUCACCCUGUCGUCUCUCUGAUUAGAAAAACGAAGCAGCUCACACUGUAUGAUGUUUUGAAAGUUUAUUUGCUUCACUGCUUAUGAAAUGUUAUUAUUGAUGUUGAUGUAAUAAAAUGAUUUCCAUAACAA